GAGCAAAUGAAGUUUUGGAAGACGUGCAUACAGUCAUAUAUAAAUCGUUUGCUUAAAUCUUUUUUCUUUUCUUUUUCGUUUCGACAAAACUUGUCGAGUUGACGUGAGUGCGAAAUCUUGUGCUAUACGUUUUCUCCUGCAUAAUUCAUUUCAAAAGAAGGCGCGAUUGGCUGUUCACACCAAGCAGAAAGGGUCAUUCUGAACACGAGGGAAGAUUUAAGCCGGAUGACAUAACUGAAGAGGAGCAGGAUGGCAAUCUACAAAAGAAUCUUAUCUGGAAAUCUCUGGAGGUUUUUUACUCUGCUGUCUGUGUUUCUAAUGGCAAAUGAAGUGUCUCUGCAGGAGACUGUUGUGGGUUUUAUUGGAGGCUCUGUUGUUUUACCUUGUUUUUCUAAAAAACCUCCAAUUACAAUUCAAGACAUCACAGUGCUCUGGAGAAACAAGUACGACCUGAAUGUGUAUGAGAUUAAUAAAGGUAAAGUCUCUGUGGAAGGACAGAAUCAAGAGUACAAUAACAGAGCUGAAACCUUCCCUGAGGAGUAUAAGACUGGAAACUUUUCUCUCAAACUCAACAACCUUCAACACACUGAUGCAGGAAAAUACCUGUGCUACAUCAUGUCAAAAGAGUCAGAAGACUGGAUUGUUGAACUUCUUAUUGAAGAGCGUCCAGAAAGACAACUACCCAACGAAGGAACAAAACCAAGACCAGAGAUGCUUGUAAUGAUCAUUUCCAUUCUGUGUAUUUGCAUUAUAUUUUCUUAGGCUUUUUUACUUCUCACUUUUACAGUUUAACUAUUCAAGGGGGUCUUUAUGAGGUUUUUUUUUUUUUUUUUUAAUACUUUUUUUUUGUAAUACUAGUAAUUACUAAUUGUAAUUUAAGUAUACAGAAGGCUGUGAAAUAGUUGUAAUGUGAACCAACCCCAGGACUAAUGUGAUGCACUGUAACAAAGCACAACUUGUAUAUUCGUUACAAUUGCUAGGACCUAUUUCUCAUUACUUAGGUCAGC